AUGGUCAUGAAGCCCACCUGCAACGGCUCCUUCACAAUCCACACCUCCCUCCUCUUCGACCCCAAAACCAAAUCCUUCCUCAAAGACAUCUCCCUCACCAUCUCCCCCGACAGCGGCUUAAUCACCUCCCUCUCCAAACGCACCUCCCCCCUCCCCACCACCAUCUCUCCACCCGACAUCGACCUCCGCCACCGCACCGUCCUCCCCGGCCUCGUAGACGCACACACCCACAUCCUACUGCACAGCUACCGCGAAACCCCCUCCCUCAACCAAAUGCGCGACGAAUCCCUCCCCGAACGCAUCAUCCGCGCGACCAACCACUGCCGCACCGCGCUGCUGGCGGGAUAUACCACCUACCGCGACCUCGGGACCGAAGGCGCCGGCGACGCCGACGUGCAUGUGCGGGAUGCGGUAAAUCGCGGCAUCAUCCCCGGCCCCCGCAUCUUCGCCGCGACGGAAUGUCUGGCCUCCUCUGGCGGCUACGAGACCCGGAUCGAGAGUCGUAGCGCAGGGGUCGAGGUCCCGCGCAUUUCCGACCCGGUGGAUGGGGUCGUGGGGUGCAAAGCCGGUGUGCGGCGGCGACUUGGUGCGGGCGCGGAUGUGGUGAAGUUUUAUGCCGAUUAUCGCAAACGUGCGCUACGCUGGCCCGGGCAGACGUGGCCGGGGUGUGCCGGGAUCGAGUUCCCGCCGGAGCAGACGGAGUGGUUGACCGGGGAGAGGAAUCCGAAUUUGUUGCUUUUCGGGCAGGAGGAGAUGGAUGCGAUGGUCUCUGAGGCGAAGGCUGCGCGGGCGCCGGUCGCUGCGCAUGCGAGUAGUGCGGAGGCGGUGGCGAUGGCGGCGAUGGCCGGGGUGACGACCGUGGAGCAUGGGUUUGAGAGCUGGGAGGGAAGUGAGGUGGUGGCGAUUAUGAAGGAGAAGGGCACGAUUUGGGUCCCGACGCUUGCGGUGAUUGAGGCGGAGGCCGAGCGGGCUUUGGAAGGGGUGCUGAAGCAGGUUAAGAGGGCUUGGGAGGCAGGGGUCAGGAUUGCUGCGGGUGGCGAUACGGGGGCUUUCGCGCACGGGGAAAAUGUGAGGGAGGUGGAGUUGCUGUUGAGAGCUGGACUGCCGCUGGAGGAGGCCUUGACAGCGGCGACGUUGAGGGGGUGGGAGGCUUGUGGGGGUGAGUGGGCGGGGCGGAAGUUUGGGUGGUUGGGGGAGGGGUGUGCGGCGGACGUUGUGGCGUUGGAGGGGGAUGUGAGGGAGGAUGUGGGGGCGUUGAGGAGGGUGGAGUUUGUGAUGAAGGAUGGGCGGGUGUGGAAGCGGGAGGGGGAGGCUGUGGGAAUGGUGUAG